AUAUAAUUGAUAAAAUGCCAAGCUAAGUUGCAAUGGGCAGGAAAAACCUGUCUUUGGCGGAUAUUACGUUAUAAAAUAUUCCAAGGAUACAAAGAUUGAACAUCUAUUUUGAGGGCUAUGUAGAUGAAAAUAACAUGGAAGAUCAGCAGCCGGCAUUAAACAGAAGCAGUUCACUCGAUCCCAAAUUUCUGCAAAGACCACCAUCACAUAGAUCUAUAACAAGGUCGCUUAGUGUUCCAUCAAGCAUAUCUUUUGUUGAUCAACAGCCACUGACGGAAGAACCUGAACCUAAUGAUAAAGAUCCAGAAAGGCAUUGCGAUUCCGAGAAAAAAGAUCCCGAAAAACAUCAAGUUCGAUGCAUCGAAUGUGUCAAAGCUAUUCCAGUUUUUUCAUGCCACGAUGUAGAGGCCGGUGACCACGUGGUUUUCAGUGGGGCCGUAUACGACCAUCAUGGGAUAAUAAUUUCGAAAUUAAACGAUGACGAAACGUUCGAGAUAAUAGAAGCAACCAACACUAUUUCUGGAGCUGUUUUAGGGGUGUCAAAAUUUUUCGGAGGCAAAGCAGAAAUUAAAUGUUCUUUUAAGAAGUUUGACUUCGACGGGGAAAAGAUUUGUGUAGUCGUGUACAGACACCGGUAUUCAAAAGAGGAAACCGUUCGACGUGCCACCGGCUUUUACAAUAGAAAAGAAGACAGUAAAAAAUAUAAAUAUGACUUGUUUUAUAACAAUUGUGAGCAUUUUGCUACAUACUGCGUCACCGGACAAAAUUUCAGCGUGCAGGUGUCUAAGUUUAGACUAACGUGGAAGCUAUUUUGGAGCAGUGGAUUUGUCGGAGUCAGUGAUGAACUAGAAAGAAAUAAAAAAGAGUUUGAAAAUGGUAUUAUUUGCGACGAUUGUUAUGAAAUGAAUAAAAAGCUUCUUGGCGUCGGUGUCAAACCGAUAGUAUCAGAAAGAGAUGUUCAAAAAGGAGACAUCAUCCGGUAUUCAUAUUGGAAUUUAUGGCAUGACGCCGUCGUUCUUGAGGUAAGCAACACAAAUAAAAAUUCAGUUGUUUGUUCCAUUGCACACUACGCUUUCUGUGGACCUUUCUCUCAUCGAACAAUUAAAGAAGAAAUGAAAGAAAUUCCAUUUAACGGACAGAGUCUUAAACUUGACUAUGCUCCGCCUAAAUAUGAUGUGUAUGAGCCCGACAAAGUUGUUAAACGUGCACGAAAACGACUUGGUGAACAGUUGUUUGUUUUCUUUUCCAAUGAUUCUAGUCACUUUGCCAGAUGGUGCAAGCUGAAACUUCGGAGAUCGUAAAAUAACCACCCGGUCUUCUAUAUUUGAUUGAUAUGUGACUGUAUUAUUGCAUGAUGCGUUUGAAUACAGUUAAAAGUGGGGGAGAUGUUAAUUACAAGCAAUUUAGGUUAAUUAUCAUAAUCAUUGUUUCAUUACAUAAAAAACAAUUAACGUAAUCCAACACAACCUUAGAAAAUGAUUUGUAUUUUUAUAAACUUUCCCUUUUCCCCUUUUUUUAAAAUUUCUUUCUUUUUUGUUUUGUUUGAAAAUCAUUAGUUUUUAUACAAUCAUUUAUUCCCUUCUUAUUAAAUUCUAAAACACACUCAAAAAUAGUUUCUGUAAAAAAGGGUUGAUGAUGUUUAAUAAUGUUUGUUGAUUUAUCAAAUGGUUUUUCAAGUACUUAAAACACAUAUAAAUUAAUACAUAUAUUAAACCUAAUUAUAUUUAUCAAAAUAUAAAAAAAUUUAUCAUGAAUUGGUAUGUAAAAAUGAUUUGAAAUCGAUAUAAAAAUUAAACGCGUUUUAAAUUUGAAAAUGAGGCUUCAAAAUAAAUUAUUUCAAUUUGUCUCUUUUGACAUACAAAGAGACUUAUCACGCCCUUGCAAUUAUUCUGAGAAAGAUAUUUGAGACAUAUACAAGAAGGUUGAAUGCGUUAUUUUUUAAGUUCUUGUUUUGUGUCCAUGAAGAUUAUAAACUUCAUUAAUAUUUAGUUAUUCAAACAUAUGAUUUUUUUUCGAAGAAAAAAAGGAGUAAACGAUGGCACGUGACUUAAUUUGAAUUAGCGUGUAUAAUUAUCAUCAAUUCAAAGUGUUUAGGUACAUGUAUGAACCUCGGUCUAUUCCCAGUGACUCCAUUUAAGCACCUUUAAAAUGUAUAUUACACCUAGUAUUGUUUAAAAUGGUGUCUAAGAAAUCAUUGUUUUAGUAAUUAACUUCAAACACUGUUGCUUUUUUUUUUACUUGUACCUUCAAAUUAUUCAGAGUGCUGAGUAUUUCUGACCUUAAAGAGAACCUCUUGUAAUUGUAUAUGUAUUCAAAGGAGACUGGAUGGUUAAAAACCUGUCAGACCUGACUUAAAAUAUAUUUUUUGUAUGGUUGCUUUAGCCAUUACCUAUCAAUUAUUUAAAAAAAAAUUCAUAAUUCAUUAAUUUCUCUAUCUUUUCAAGCUAAUAUUGAAAUCUUUAAUGUUAAUGAUGAACAAGACCAUCUUACUCUUUUAAAUGCUGCAUUUUUGUUUUUGUUUUUUCGCUAUCUACAAGUAUCAUAAUUGUAUUUUGCCGAUCUUCAAUCAAAAUAUGAUUUUAAGAAUUGGUAAAAUUUUGUUGUGUUAUAAUGUUUUCAAUAAACUUGAAAUUUAG